ACAGAAAGAGCCUCGUCGUCCUAUCUUUAUCAGCCGCCCACUGCUUACUCACAGCUCCUCAGGGCUUCGGGCUUCUCAUCGUUCCCCCCGCCGUCCAGUCAUCGAGCUGUAUAUCAUCGCAAACCUUUAAUCCAUUCAAAUAUACUUUCGUCUGUACAGGCGCCGUGUCCAGCUGAUGUCAUUUCAACCCAGGAGAGGAGCUUCUUGGAUGGACUGACGCCCUCGCUGCUUCCCUUCAUCCGGCCACCAUGGAGGAACUCCAGAGAAAGCUCAACCAGCACUAUGAAGGCAACAAGCCCAGAAAGGUGCGGUUCAAGCUGGCGUCGUCGUACAGCGGCAGGGUGCUGAAGCACGUGUAUGAGGACGGUCAGGAGCUGGACAGCCCGGAAGAGAAAUACCCUCACAGCUUCAUCCACCGCAAAAUCCCUCCCAGCCACCUUGAAAUGGAGCAGCUCUGUGGGUUUGAGGACGCCCAUGGAGAGCAGCAGGGUGUUUACCCUCCAACGGGGCUCAUUGCCCAGAGGAUCAACGUGUACAGAGGAAUGGGAAGCUACAAGGCCACCGCUGGCCAGACUGACGAAGCAGAAGGAGAAGGCAAGUCCUCAGUUUUAGACUUCGGUAAGAUAAUCAUCUACACCAGCAACCUGCGCAUCAUCAGAGCGCCACCGAAGAAGUCUGAAACGCUGCGGCACCACGCGGUUCAUCCCUCGGACUCGGAGGGACACCUGAAGGCCAGGGACAAGGGGAGCCGGAGGAGGGCCAGAGCUCCUUCUCCUCCUCCUCAUACGCAGGACUGGGAGGAGAAGGAGCAGAAACAGAUCAGCGACGCAGACACAAAGGAGGCCGACAGCUGCCAGCAUUGUGGCGGUUCGGGCUGCGCUCCCUGCUCCCUGUGUCACGGCAGCAAGCUGUCCAUGCUGGCGAACCGCUUCAACGAGUCCAUCAGCGAUCUGCGUUGCCAAGCCUGCUACCCCCAUGGUCUGGAGAAGUGCCAGUCCUGCUCCAGUAAAUAGCACCAUUUGGCCGGGGCCCAUGUCUGGCAGACAGGGAUCGAGUGAGUGAAUGAGAGCGUGUAGCUGUGAGAGAGUGUGCGCCCGAUGUGCUAUCAGUUUGUCAGAAUUGUCUCAGUGGCAAUAUUGCUCUAAUCCAAAAUGUUCUUGCUGGGGUGUUUUUCGAAGCACUGCGAGGAAGCAUAAGCCAUCAUUGGAAAGGGGAAUUGUGACUGUGCAGCGGGCACAAGAUCAUAAAAUACAAUUAGCGUGUGCAGUGAACAUGGCUCGCGAUAACGCAAACACAUAAUCACUUUUUUGUUGUCACAUUAUUUUGCAUCUGCGCUCCCCUCGUCCCGAUAAAAACCUGCUUCAGAGUUAUCAUUUUAAUUAAAAUGAUGCAAACAUUUCACAGUUUAUUGUAUCUGCUGCGGAGGCUGCCCUGCUCCCAUCUCAGUGCACGUAUUCACAGGAGAGAAUGAAACCUUUUUCAUCCCAACAUGAUGUACUGUAGGAGGGUAAUUGAAGGUUUCUUUUUUUUUAUUAUUUUUCUUUUUUUUUUGUAGAACUGAAGGGGAAAAGGAGUCAGGCAGAUUUUGUAGGAGAGGGAAACGUAGAGUAAAGGAUGACUGAGACAAAUGUAAGAUAGUAAGAGCAGGAACCAGCCUGAGUCUUGGUCAGAGAGUUGGACUCAUCCAAGUGACCACUGAAAUAAAAUGGAAAUGUUCCUUUGACUCCUGAAACUUGGAAUCAGGGAGGAAUCUUUUGAACAGCUGACCAGGAAGUAUGAGAACGUGUAGCAGCUUUUACAUGAAGAAAGCUCAUAUAAAUCUAUCUCCAGAAUGUUUUCCAUGCUGCUGAAAGAGUUUCCUAAACCAGGUUUGCAUAGAUCUGGAGUUCAACGUGAAUCUGAUUUAAACAUUUGAAGAACAACUUUGGAGGGAUUUGUGUCAUGAUCAUUAAUCAUCAUUAAUCCACUCGUAUUAAUGAACCGUUCAGGCUUGUUAAUUGUGUUUUUCUUCACCAACUUGAAUAGACACAUUUAAGAGUCUAAACCUGAACUGUCUGAAUUGUUUGUGGUGUUGAGGUCGGCUGCUUCCUGCUCUGUGCUGAGGUUAUCCAGGAUUAUGCUCAUUGUAUUUCCCUGUAGAUCCAGAUUCGUGUUUACUAGAAGAGGGACUUUAAUUGUCAUUGCACACAAGUUAUAUAAAUAUAAAGUAGAUAAUUAAAUCUCUUUCAUCUACAACAGUGACUCCCAAUCUUUUUUCCUUGGAGGCUCCUCUACUUGUAUCUAAGAAAAGCCAAAAGUUUGGAAGCAACUUCAAGUUUCUGUUCCCGAUGCCUUUCUUAAGUUUCUUAAGAGUUCUAUGUACUUUGGGACGUAUUUACAGCAUGAUCACACUUUGCUUUUGUUGAUGUUACCAGAUCAUCGCUGAAUAAAUGUCAGCAAAAGAAAAGAAGAAGGGUUUAGUUUUAGGGUCGAGAAGAUUUGCAAGAGUCACAACUUCAGUGCAAAAGUAAAAAAUAAAUAAAUAAAUCACAGUUUGCAUUAUUCACUUUGUCUUUUGAGAGUCUGCAGAUAAAUAUCCCGCAUAUAUUUCAUGCUGAUGCUAAAGCCAGAGGAGGUCACUAUGAAGAAAGAAAAAUUAUAGUAAAAAUGUCUCCUGAUAAGUUACUCUUUACAUAAUAAUCAUGUUUACUUUGAUGUAAACCCUACUUCCAAACAUUUGGCUUGUAGUGUAUGUUUUGUGUUUGUAAAUCUGAAAGAUUGAGAGUGUUAAUGAGGUGGUGAAGGUGCAUUUCACCCAAAAUGUGACAAAAAAAAACAAAAAAAAUCAGCUUGUGGAGAGUGAUAAUGUGAAAAGGAAGAAGUGCUAAACCACACAAACACUGUGGUAACAAAGAAUGAAGCCAUGGAAGAAAAAAGUCACUAUUCAUAAAUGUUUGAUGUCUAAGACUUUUAUUGUGAAGGAGACGAGGAAGAGAAAU